AUGAAAGCAUUGGCCAUAGAGCAUUUGGAGAGCAUUAGCAUUUAGUAAAUGCUUCUCUAAAUGUUUUUCUAACAAUUGUUGAUUGAAUAAUAUAGAGCAUAAUGCUAAUGUCAAUGCUCUACCAAUCAAGACCUAAGUAAUUAAUUAAAUGGUCAUACUAAGACUUGUCUAUAGUAGAUAAGAAGUAUGACUAUGCUCUACCAAUCAAGACCUAAGUAAUUAAUUAAAUGGUCAUACUAAGACUUGUCUAUAUUAGAUAAAAAGUAUGACUCUAAAUUAAUAGAGUAGAUAUUAUGAAAUUUAUAAAAAUAGCAAACAGUUUUUAUUUUUUUGUUUUAUAAUAAAAUUUUAGAUAAUAUAAAUUUAUAAUAAUAUUGUAUUAUUAAUUAUAAAAGUAAUUAUUGUAUUAUUUUAUAAAAAUAUUUAAAACUUUUAAUAACACUUGGUUAGAUUUUUUCUCAGUAGAUUUUCUUAUAGUUAAAAAUAAAAUUUAAAUCUAUAUUUUCUCAACAGAUUUGUUUGACUAAAAAUAAUCAUUAUGCCAUAUUAAGUAAUUAAUCAAAUAGUCUUACUAAGACUUGUCUAUAGUAGAUAAAAAAUAAGAAUCUAAAUUAAUAGAGUAGAAGGUAAAAUAAAUGUUAUAUUUUAUUUUUUCAAAUGAUAACAAUGUAGUUGGCUGAAGAAUCCGCAUGAAUCGGAUUUGAAAAGGCAAUAAAAAGAUACAGUAAUUAAUGUUUAAUUGGUAGCAUCUAAACAAAACUUGACAAAUUAGUAAUUCAUCAAAAUUAAUUAUCUUUAUGUAUUCAACGUAGAACAAAGGUAACGCUCCCCAGUAUAUGUAUGUAUAAAGAAGAGAACCUCAGCUCUGUUAUCAUCACUUACAAUCUAAAUCACUUUGUAAACUAAAAAAAAAAAAAAAAUGAAGCUCGUCUUCUUACUCGCCCUCACAGUCGUUGCAUCGUGUUAUGCGAGAGAAGUGCCGGAUAAGUUCCCUCCAGGUGUGACUCCUGACACUCCUCCAUUUAGUUAUGUUACUCCUCCGCCACCACCACCGUCCAAUGAAGAAACUAAAUUCCCUCCAGGCGUGACUCCAGACACUCCUCCAUUUAGUUAUGUUACUCCGCCGCCACCACCGUCCAAGGAAGAAACUAAGUUCCCUCCAGGUGUGACUCCUGACACUCCCCCAUUUAGGGGGCGAUUGGUUUUCCCGCUACCACCCGCAAACGCAGCUUUUGCGGUUGGUAGCGGUUGUCGGCGGUUUGCAACAAUCACUCAAAUCGCUCUAAACCGUUUCAAACCGCUUCAAACCGCUCCGAAUCUUAUAAAUUCAAAAGCUGGCUCCAGCUAGCGUUUGCGGUUGCGGGCGGUUGCGGGAGGGUAAAAAA